AUGCUCUCGGUUGCUGUAAAACGGCCCCAAUUCCGGACCCGGAAGAAAUCAGAAGCUGGGAAUGAAUCCACCACGUCGCCCCAGAGGCAUGUCCCUGUAACAGACCCUCCAGUUCCUCUGGAGCAAACAUCCUGCGAACAUCAAAACGAGACAGUUCGUGGAAUCUCCACCAAGGGAAAAGCUCAGAGUCCGGUUCCAGAUAUUGAACUGGCCACUGCGGAAGCUCAUGUUGCCACAGUCCCUGAGGACGGCACUGAGAAUCGCAGAAGUCUGUCCAGAGAAUAUUCUCAUCUCUUGGAACCGGGCGCGAGACUUUGGUAUGAAGCCUAUACUAGUCUCAAAGUUGCUGAACCCCAAUUACUCUCUGUCUACGAGGGGAUUCUUCACAAGUACCAGACGCCGAAUUCUCAAGAAAGUCCGGUAGCGAACCUUCCAGAUCCUGUCAAAGCCAUUGAUGAGGUAUUGGAAGACGAGAGUAAGCUACUCUGGGUCAAGCAGAUGACGAUUCUAGAGACCUGGAUGGCCGAAACGGACGAUCCUCAUACCUACGAAGAAGGAUCACCCCACGCGCAGCAGUUGAUGGCCUUAUUUAAAGAUAUUGUUCGGCCAUCUGCCAUUAGCAUGAAGCAGGCUGCAUGGCCGUGGGUGGCUGCAUGCCUUGCCGCAAAGACCCUAUUUACUUAUGGUACACUAUCCGGACCAGUUGCUCUUGGCUUCAUUGAACUCGUCUCAAAAAUUAAUUUCUUUGGGAGGCUAUCGCGUUUUUCACCAUGCGAGGCUGACGCUGGCGAGAUGGUACACACCUUGAAAAAAACCACAAUUGGCCACAACUGUACGAGAGAUGCAUUAGUAUCCCUUUAUGCGGCGGUUUUGCUUUACUUUGUCCGUAUUGCAUGUUCGCGUACGGGCAAGGGCAUGAUUAUCGAACCUGGAGUUAUGGACCAGCUUUCCGGCCGCAUUCAACUAAUAGAGGGCACGUUUAUAGCUAGUUUCGACAACAAGAUUGGAGACACGCUCCGAGAUUUGUUUUCCCAGGCCGAACGUCCCAAGAAGCGACCAAGCUCGUAUACUGGAAAAGAGAAUGGCGACAGAGAAACGUCCUCUAACCUUGCUUUGCACUUCGAGGAAUCAGCAGAGAUCCUGCAGAAGGCAUGCCACACUGAAGAGCCACCGGAAGAUUUGCUUGACUGGAUUUGCUCGACAAAGGAAUACAGUGAGUUUCGCAGGAAGGACACAGACGCAAGCCGGGUCCUUUGUGUCACUGGUUCACCAGGUGCUGGCAAGUCAAUGGUUCUUCUGGGAAUUGCCCAACACAUGAUGGGGCUGCAGGAUCGUAGCAGCGGCUGCGAAAAAGUUGCGUGUUUUUUUGGCGACAGAUCCGGUCUUGUUUCAGAAAACCCAGCAGCGAUUGUGCACAGUCUCAUCCGACAAAUAAUUAAACACAAAAGUUCUCUUCUCCACCACCUUGACAAAGCGUACGAGGCAACUAGAAGGCAUUCCCUCGACCGUACAGCAGACGAAUUCAUGGUUUUCGGGGUUCUGCUCCGGAUUUUGGAGGACCCGGAAGUUCCAGAAACUUGUUUCAUUGUCGAUGCGAUUGACCAGUGCGGUGUUGACGAAGACGAUGUUGACACAGAACAGUGGUUAGACAGUUUCCUGAGGUUGGUUUCCGCGACCAUAAAGCUGUCUCCAAAAGUCCGAUGGGUGAUUUCAAUGUGUCCUGCCGUCGAAAAGCGGGUGUCUUUGGGCAAAUCCCUUGUCCUCGAGCUUGACUCAAAAAACAUUGCUACGAUUCUUGAACAGAGUGUAGGCUCCAAAGUCGCCACCAUAGCCAAAAACAUUCACCUAAGCUGUGACAAAAAAGCACUCCUCCAACUCCAAGAAUAUCUCACCAAGCGGUGGCAGGGUAAUCCUCUGUGGGUGAGGGUGGCGUGCAAAGUCAUACAACACCAUCCUUUUUUGUGGGAUAUUAUGGAUGUCCUGAAGGAACUACCAGACAAUCUAGAAGGGUUGUAUAACUAUUCCAUGACGACAAUUAGCAAGCUUCGCCCAGAGUCUUUCGACUUUUGUAGGCAAAUCCUUCAAAUCACGGCCGCGGCAUACCGGCCUCUAUAUCUCUGGGAACUGCAAGCCAUGGCAGAACUACCCGCUCUCGUGGAUGUCAAGUUCAUCAUUGCCAAAGGGUGUUUUGCAUUCCUAGAGGUAUAUGAUGAUAGAGUAAUGUUUGUCCACUCCUCGGCCAGGAAUUACCUCCGGAAGACCUUGCUUCAGGAGUCAAAGGCGCGUGGAGAAUUUGUGCUGCGGUGCUUCCAAUUUCUCCCGGAACAUUGCAGAACGGCUGUAGCCGAAGAGUCUCAAACGGAGCAGAAGGCAGAUAUCCCCGUUCGGUUGCACUACGCUGAAUGGUAUUGGAUGAGACAUAUCUCUGCAUUGAUCAGUCGAGAUGCCAACCAUGUGCCGUGGGGACAGCUUGCCACCUUUCUCGAAGAGAGCCUCCUAGUGUGGAUGGAGAGAUUGGUACUGGCUCAGGGUCUGGCGGUGGCCCUUACUCAGAUGACUGAUCUUGUACUUGUCCUCAGGAAAUAUCUGGACCGUGGCGCCGGCACCCAAAGUCCGCAAGCCAAUUCUUGUCUGUCACUUGUCCACCGUGCAACACUUUUUCUCCGAUUCCACCAAUCCACAAACAGUCCCGAGGGAGUACCUGCUACCAAUAGCCUGGUCUUCUAUCCCACGCAGCCUUAUUCCAUCGAGAAAAUGCUCGGCGGUAAGGCACCAUGGCUAGCUUCCUCACCAGUAGGUCGAGUCAUGGGGCCCGUCUGCCUGGUUCUUAAAGGCCACCGAGACUGGGUCCGGUCAAGCGCCUAUUCUCGAGAUGGCCGACUCGUAGCCACCUGCUCCGAUGACAAAACAGUUCGCAUCUGGGACGCCCAUACUGGUGAGCUCCAAGUCCUCCUCGACGGCUUCGAUGAAUGGGCACACCUGGUCACAUUUUCCCCCAGCGGCCUCCUGGCAACUGCAGGAGAAUCAGUCAUUGAAAUCUGGGAUUACAGGCUAUCUGUUUUGGAGAAAACUUUCAAGAAACGUGAUCUGCUCCCUGGAGAGGAAUCUGAAAUCAGCCAUCUUAAAUUUUCCCCCAAAGGCGACCAACUGGCCGCAGCCAUUGGGAAGACUGUUUUCAUCUGGGACACUCGGACUUAUGAAGCGGAGAAAUGGGAGCGCCAGGAAUGUAUAGAGCAGUUGACAUUCUCCGCAGAUGGGCGCUUACUCGCAAUAGCCACACUGUUUGAUAUUACUAUCCUGCUAGUAGAAGACGGCACAAGUAAAUGGUCUAGGCUUCUGGAGAACAACACGGAGAAGAUCAAUGGAAUCUGUUUCUCUCCAGACUCCAAGUCUAUGGCAUCCUGCUCAACCGACGGCACUGUCAAAGUAUGGGACAUUACUUCCGAUGCCCCAGCGCAUACCAUUCGCUGUGGGCCGGUAUCAGAGUACGCCUCUAUUGAUUUUUCGGCUCACGGCUUGCGUUUUGCUGCUGCUGCUGACAAGGGCAAGGGCACUAAUUCGAUCGAGUUCUGGAACAUCCAAGGAACGGGGUACGAUGCACCGCACCAGAUUACGUCUUGCCUGGCACCGAGUGUCUUUUCGCUGUCUUAUUCGCCCACAGAACAGGAGCUGGUGUCGUCUUACGCGGGUAAAGUUGCUCAUAUUUGGAACCUGGAGAAUGCGUCGUCACCGGUCCUGGAUGUCUCCGAUAUAGCCGGUGAUGUGAUGCCACGUGUCCAGCACAAGAAGAAUGUUUCCUUCGUAACGAUUUCUGUCAGUGGUAAACUCAUAGCUUCUGCUUCCGAGGAUGCGAUACACAUUUGGAAUGGGUGCACUGGCAGGCACGAGAAACCCUUGGACAUUGGUGAAGAACACAACUCCAUCAUAUGGCUUGCCUUCUCAGCUGAUGAAUCAAUGCUGGUUGCAACUUCCGAAGAAGGGGGUAUCCUGGUUUGGGAUCUCGAGGCCUCGACACAACCACGUUGGUGUCAUGCCCAUGAAGACUGGGUCCGGUCUGCCGUCUUCUCGCCUGACGGCAAGCUCCUGGCAUCAGUAUCGGAUGACAAGCACGUUAAGGUGUGGAAUCUUUUCUCAGACCCCCAAAAAUGCCUGGAAAAACAAAAACCCUCAAUAUUCAAAAGUCACACUGGCUUCGUUAUCUGCAUUGCUUUCUCAGCUGACGGAAAAUACAUCGCGUCCGGCGGCGAUGAUGGCGUUCGAAUCUGGGACUUGACAUCAGUGGCUCACCAGGACGGUGAAGGUAACACAGAGCUGUCUCGAUUUCAAGGCCAUUGUGGCCGAGUGACCGCAGUCGCGUUCUCUCCAGAUGGAGAGGUCCUUGUGUCGUCCUCGUGGGACGAUGUAAAUAAUCUCGUCAGAAACGAGGGAAGUACUGUCGUUGCCAUGCUGGCCCUCUUGGAGCUUAAGCUUCAAGCGAAAGUGGAUCCAGUGGAAAGAUAA